AGUUGGUUGAUAUUGUUUCAGUUGAAACCGAGGUGUUUCUGAGGUUUCAUUCAUACAAAGACUCUUUGCUUGUCUGAAAAAGGACCACAUUUAUCAUAAUUCAACCAUCUAUUAAACAGAUGUUAAACUAGGUAAAGAGGAGGAGAUUAAGGGCAAUUCAAGCAAAUUCUGAAUUUGUUCAUUGGAGUUUGGAGAAGAGGGGGUUUCAGAAGCACAGAAUGGGAGGAUGAAACAGGGCCGCUCUCAAAGCAUCGAUUAAGAACUAGCCAACAAUGACGACAAGUGUACCUACUGUUUUAUUUGAAAAUGGAAAUGGGGCAGACACCCAGCUUUCUUCCUCACAAAAUUCUUCUAUCACUGGCCCCUGCAAUAUUGAUGAGUCCUACAAGUACAUUUUCUUACCCAUUUGCUACUCCUUUACCUUUGUCUUCAGUAUCACCCUUAAUUCUGUGGUUCUAUACCUUUCCUUUCGACACACUAGACGCUGGAAUGCGUCCCUGAUCUACAUGGUGAACCUGGCCACAACAGACUUCAUGUAUGGUUUAUCCUUGCCCUUCCUGGUGGCCAGUUACGUCAUGCAUGAUGACUGGGUGUUUGGAGACUUCAUGUGCCGCCUGGUGCGCUUCUUAUUCUACUUCAAUCUCUACUGCAGCAUCUUCUUCCUCACUUGCAUCUCAGUGCAUCGCUACCUGGGUAUCUGUCACCCUAUGAAGACCAUUACAUUGGAAACGAAACGAGCAGUGAAGGGGACUUGUGUUUUGGUAUGGAUUGCUGUUUUUGCACUAACAUGUCCAAUUUUCCGUUUUGCACAGACUCAGUAUCUGCCACGUAGAGGGCAUCAAGGGAUUUUGGGAGCAGUUGUAAAUGGGAAAGGCACGAAUCCAAGGGAGGAGGUGUUCAAUAAUUGCUGGGAUGAUGCAAUUGAUAGGGAGUUCCAUGAUUACGUUCCUUAUGGGAUCACACUUCAUUUCUUGGGUUUUUUUGUGCCAUUUAGCAUCAUUGCCUGGUGCUACUCCCGUGUAGUGUUAACAAUAUUUCGGACACUGAACUCUCAACCCCAUCUUCAAGGAGUCAGGAGUGAGACAGGCCGUGAAAGUGUGGCUGGAAUAGCUGGAGAGGGCAUGUCUAUCAUCUUGGGCGCCCAUUCACCUUACGUGAACAGGCGUCGCAAGUCCAUCAAAACCAUAAUCACUAUCACUUUACUUUUUGCCCUUUGCUUCUUCCCCUUCCAUGUCACUCGCACCAUUUUCUUGUUGCUGAAAAUUACAAGCAAUGUGCAGUGCCAUACCUUGCGCAUGGUCUCCAUCUGUUAUAAAAUUACUCGACCUCUGGCCUCCUUCAAUGCCUGGCUAAAUGCACUGCUCUAUUUCCUGACUAAAGAGAAAAAUGGGCCGUGUUGUCAAAAACCUGAACAUACCCAGCAUGGACUCCUAUGGCCACUGAGAAUGCUGGGAAAAAGAGCAGAAGAGGAGAAUGAAGCUGAGGAUGCAGGGAACCACAAGGAUAAUGGCCCCAAAGCGGAAAACAGUACAUACAUAGAUCUAGCUUAA